GCGCAUUUCGCCAAAAUUGUAUAGUCUCCCUUUUUUUUUCUUUUAUUUCUUUUCUUUCUUUCUUUUUCUUUUAAACAACAAAAAAAGAUAAUAAAUAAUAAUAAUAAAAAAAAAAAAACCUUCAAAAAGCAACCAAUCAGAAAUGAUUAAAACUCAUACGUAUAGUAAAAAGCAACAACAACAACAGCAGCAACAACAGCAGCAGUUGGAAGAAAAAUCCGAUAUCGCGUCCAGUUAUGGAAUUCCACCACCAUCCAAUCACAAUACAUCCAGUCGAUUAGCGCAGAUUGAUGAUUUGAAGCUGUUUUUCGCCACGGCGAUCCAACAAUGGGAGGCGAAUCAGCCGUUAAAACGAUUUGUUUUGCCAGGCGGAGAAAGUGUAUCUUGUGUACUUUGGAAUGAUUUAUUUUUCAUUACGGGUACAGAUAUUGUUCGAUCACUCACAUUUCGUUUUCAUGCAUUCGGAAGACCGGUUUCCAACGCAAAGAAAUUUGAAGAAGGCAUUUUCAGUGACUUGCGAAAUUUAAAGCCUGGACAUGAUGCUCAACUGGAAGAACCUAAGUCCGAAUUAUUAGACAUGUUGUAUAAGAAUAAUUGCAUAAGAACACAAAAAAAGCAAAAAGUAUUCUUUUGGUAUUCUGUGCCUCAUGACAGAUUAUUUCUGGAUGCUCUCGAACGUGAUUUAAAGCGUGAAAAAAUGGGUAUGGAACCAACAACCAUUUCUGUGGCUGAACCCGCUACUUCCUUCUCUCUUGAUUCGACUCAAGAAUUGUUCGAUCAAUUAAGAAAAAGCAUGUCACAAUCUGCUGCUGCAACUGCUCAAGCCAUCGAACAAGAUAUGGGUAAUGGUCCCAUGCCAAAUACCAGUCUCUCCCUGAACCAUGUCGCCGACAAUAAUUGGUCUAAUGGAUCGACACCUUGGUCUGCUUCGCAAUCAAGACUUGAGAGAGCUGCUUCUCAAGCAAAACGAUCUCGUGUGAAUUCAGUACCUGCUAACCUAGGACAGCAACAGCAUUUCCAGCUCAUGCAACAAAAGCACCAUAGAAUGAGUCAUGGCUCUUUUUUCAGUGCCAAUAAACCAUCACGCCACAGUCGUACAGAUUCAUUAACGAAAGAUGAUUAUUUGGAUCCCAUUUCGCAUGGUGUAGAUCAGUUAGAAAUCACCUGUUCUUUAUCCAGCCAAAGCAACACUUCUUCCAACAGCAUGAUUUCUCACAAUGUAUUACCUUCCAAAUCCCUUGAUUCAAACGCCAUCAAGAAGACAAAGACUAUAUUCGGCAAUCUCAGCUUGUUUGAUGGUUCUCCCACUUACAAACAACGUAGACGUCGUGCUGCAUCCGUUUCUUCUUCCGCUCUAAUUACAUCAACAAGUGGUGGACCCGAGCGUAUCCGCCGCCAUGAAAAAUGUCAUUUACGUACUCCCUCGACUCAACCCACCAUCAAUAGUCAUAGUAGCCGAUUAGCUAUGGCUGCUGUCAAAGCUGGUUUUGCUCCCAAUCAAAUUAUUCAACCUACCACCAUGCAAAUGAUUCAACACACAAAUGUGCCCAACUGGUCUACUUCUUCGACUUCGUCUUCUGCUGACUAUGCAUGCCCAUUGCCUACCUGUGGAAGAUUGUUUAAGAGAGCAGAUCAUCUUGAUCGUCACAUGGCAGCCCUUCAUUCAUCUUCUUUUGUCUGUAACUUGUGUGGUAAGCAUUUCCCUCGUUCCGAAAAUCUGGCUUUACAUCAUCGUCGUGAGCAUGAAUUUGAUCAUCAUCAUGCCUCUUUUAAUAAUAAUGGUGGUGGUGGUGACAAUAAUGAUGAUGAUUCUUCCUCACCUGAUGAUCAACGCAAUAAUUAUAACCUUGCAUUUCAACGACGUCAAGUACUAAAUCACCAAAAUGGCAAUAAUAAUAAUAGCAAUGGUGACACAUUUUAUUCCUCCCCACGCCAUUCAUUCGAUAGCUCUCGUUCUUCUGGUUGGUCGACUGGUGUUGUUUCUCGUAAUGGAAGUGCCAGUAACAGUAGUAGUCGCUGCAGCACGCUCAGUCCAAUGCUGGAUUUGGAUUUCGAUAUGACGGAUAUUCAACAGCCCAGCCGUAGCACAAACUCAUUAAAUACCACGGAUUCCUCGACUGUCAAUACUUCAUUUUAUCAGCAACAACAGCAACAACAACAGCAAAAUGAUAUGUAUGAUUCAAGCCUGAUUUCAAAUAUUGUACGAUCUGAAGAUGAUUUUUCAUCCUCGUCCGCUUCCUCACCUUGCUCCACACUUCAAUAUGACUUAAAAUUCAAUAACAACAUGACAUUACUCUCACCAUUCAAACCCAUUCAUCCAUUUACCAACCAUCCUCAUCAACAAGACAUGUUACAACAACAAAUUAUGAAUCAACAAGUAGAUGAAUAUCAAUUUGUAGAAGACGUCUCUAUGCUAUUAACUCCAACUGAAUAUUAUGCACCUUAUGUUGAUCAACAAUUCACUCCUUUUAUUACAUCACCUGAUAUGAAUAUCGUUUUUGGCGCCUAAAUAUAAACAAAAAAUCCAACAACAACAUUUAUGACUUAUCCCCCAACUUAUUUAUUCGUUUUAUGCUUUCUAUGACUCUUUAUGUUUUCCCUAUUAGAUCUUUAUAUAUAUACGCCCUCCCUCCCCCCACCACCCCUUUUUAUACGCCGUUUUUUUCCCUCUCUUAUCUUAUUAGUAGUAAUUUUAAUAUGUUCUUUCUCCCCCCAUAAUAUUUAUUUUGGCAGUAAAAUAAAAAAUAAAAAAUAAAAAAAAUCUCUCCCCAUGAUCUAUAAAACCACAUGAUUCUUCC